CUUCGCUCUUAAACAUUCAGAUUCGUUUCAAGGACGGACCGCCCGGUGUCACAUCAUUUUCUGUCCGUCUGGCAAAGUAACCAAGUGAACGAGCGUAGGCAAGUCGCUGUCUGUGACAUUUUCUCACAAACUGUGUCGUGAAUACUCUUGAUGGACUGCGUGGAGCAGAAAGACACAGAAGCAAAUGCGCCUUCAGUUGUGGACCGGUAUUACACACGGUGGUACAGACCAGACAUGAAGGGCAAAACGUGUGAGGACCACUGCAUCCUGCAGCAUUCGAACAGGAUAUGUGUUGUCACGUUGGCACACACUCACCCCAUCCUUCAGGACGGGCGGACAAUCAAGAGCAUCAACUACCAGAUCAGUAAUGGCUGCAGUCGACUGAACAAUAAAGUGUCUGGCAAAUCCAAGCGGGGUGGUCAGUUCCUUACUGAUUUUGCACCUCUGUGUCGGAUAACAUGCACGGAUGAAACAGAAUACACAAUCUACAGCUGCAUCCGGGGCCGUCUUCUUGAGGUCAAUGAGAAUAUUUUAGAAACACCAAAUCUCUUGUUGGAAAAGCCAUCCACUGAUGGAUAUAUUGCCGUCAUCCUGCCGAAGUUUGAGGAGAGCAAGAGCAUAACAGAGAAUCUUCUGAGCAGGGAGGAGUUCGAGAGCGUUGUCGCCAAACGCAGAGUUGACCAAUCACAACCCUCAUGACGGAGCUGGAUGUUCUUGUUUUAAGUCAAGACUGUUCUGGGGAGCUUCCCUUCCUUCAUCUUCCAGCAGGUUGGGUAUAGACUGAGGAAAUUCUCCUGGUGAGUGACAUUCACCUUCUGGUCACUUCAAAGGGACUACUGCAUAUAAUGCAGGGACUGCACUGUGCCUCUAAACUAUUAGAUGUUGUUUUUCAUGUUUCAGAAAAUAAGGAAGGUUUCAGUAAGCAUUUAAGUCUGUAAUUUAUUGUUUGGGUUGUCCAAUUUGAAAAAUGAGGAAAUGGAAUAAUAAAUUACUUGAAGUCUGUUUGUUAAAUACCCUGAACUAAUAUUCAGUUUGAAUUAUUUUUCUACAAUGUCAAUAAACACAAACAGUGGUUUAAGAAAAAA